AUGACGGCGACGCAGCAGCUGACGACCGGAAUCCGCUACUUCGACGUCAGGACGGCGACCAAGGAGAACGUCACCGACGACUGGUUCUUCUUUCACGGCUUCUACGGCAUCGCGGCGAAGGCGGUCAUGCAGGAGACGCGACAGUUUCUCGACGCGCACCGCGACGAGGUCGUCAUUCUGCACUUCCAGAACUUCUACCGCAUGGACGGCGCCGAACACGAGAAACUCAAGGAGUUUCUACUCGCCACUUUCGAAGACAUCAUGGUCCCGUCGCCGCCCAAGCAGCGGCCGCUACAAGAGCUAACGCUGGAGUCGAUUCGGGCGAGUAAUCAACAAGUGAUCGUACUCUACCAGGGCGCAUCGAGCGUGGAACAGCAUCGGUUGUUUUGGAGCGCUACCGAGUGGCUGUACUCGCCCAGGCCGAACACCCCGCACGUUCUCGACAUGACGGAGAAGCUGACGCAGUGGUACGACGCGCGCCCGUAUAACAAGUUCGCUGUGACGCAGGGCUUGUUGACCGUAGACGCGCAGACGAUGAUGGCUAAUACGGAUCGUGACCACGAGGCGGCGCUGACGAGCAAAUGUAACCCGGUGCUCAGCAGCUGGUACCAGGUACUAGUUCAACAGGAACUGCCACAACAACAGAAGCUCACGACAUCUCAACAGAAGAAACAGUUUCCACAGUAA